AUGCUUAUUCUAGCCAAACUGAUCCAAGCCUCCGCGGUACGUAAAAAGCCCCGACGUAUCGAUUGUCGAAAUGAUGAGAUCAUGGAAAAAAAGGGCAGAGUGGAGUCUUUCUCAGCGGCGGCGCAAACGCUCCUCAUGGAGUUGUAUGAAGAGUACAAGGGAAAAAUUCAAAAGAAGGGCAACACUGUUGCCACUGUGAAAGCCAGGGAGAUGGUGUGGCAAAGUAUCAUGGACCGUUUAAAUUCGUGAGUUAUAGCCGAUAAAUAUUUUACAACCAAUAAACACACAAUAAAUUUGCUCGACCCACCAACUCAAGAUGCUGACAUCAUCCCUGACCCAUGAGUGCAUAUGUCAGAUGUAUCUUGAAUUCUAUAAGUGCAAGUGCUUUAAAUGCUUUGAUGUGCAUCAGUCUGCAGGGUUAAGGACCAUCUGCCACAAGGGCCUGUGAGGAGGAGGACACCAUAUCAGCCCAAACUGAUGAGUCAGGACAAAUGUGACAUUUGAUGGAGGUAUCGGAUUUCUACAGAUCAUAUACUAUAUGUAUCUAUAUACAUAUAUAUAUAUAUAUAUAUAUAUAUAUAUAUAUAUAUAUAUAAAGCUUGGAAUGCAAUCCCUGGAACAUACCUUAAAAAACUUGUGGAACGAAUGCCUGGUAUAUGCCGAGCUAUUGUUAAAGCCAGAGGAGGUUACUUUAAAGAAGGCAAAGUCUAAGCAACAAUAACUCAAAUACUUAAUAAAUAUCGUCAAAAUGUCUUCUGAUAAGAUACUCUUUACACAAUAGUCAUGUUUAUUGUGUUGCAAAUUAUAUUUAUGAAACUAUGAUCUUUUUUUGUACAAAUCUGAUCUUGCUUCCAAACCUUUGGCCUGUAGUGUAUGUACGGACAUCAUUGCAUCCUAUAAAUAGGCCUACUUCCAGCAUACAAUAAGGACAUACUAUCUCAAUAUCAAGAGUGUAUCACACUCUCCAUCAAUGAUAGGGAAGUGAAAAUUAGCUCACAGCAAACUAACAGGGUUUCAUAAAUUAUUGGUAUAGAUUUGAUUAAUUCAGACAUAUAUCGGUAAAAGGGUCUCUUUAGACCUCUUUACAGUGAAAAUAGGAAUUAUCAAGACAUUUGCUGCUUUAAAUCUUAUAAGUCUAGUUUAAGACUUUUUGAGCAUCCAUGUGAAGCCCGUGAUUAGAAGAGCUUGUAUUGCAUUUAUAUGGUACUUCAUUAUAAAUUUACUGUUUGGUUUAAAGGGUCUGAUGUAAAGCAUGUAUGAGGUGUGCACUAUAUUUAUGACAGUCUGACAGAGCAGGGCAAGCUGCAUAUAAAAAUGGUGUUCUUUUAAAACUCUCUUUCAUGAGCUGUUCUUGGUCAUUGUUAUUGAUAAGACCUUAUUUUGGUGCAUCAGCAUAACAUUUCAUUAUUCUGGCUUGUUUUCUUGUCAACCCCCAGAAGAUUUAAAACUCCCCAGCUUUCCGUCUGGCCAGAAUACAGAUUCUCAAUCUUUCUCAGGAUCUGUCAGAAGUCCAAUAGCUGAAAGAUUGAGAGAGACUGAAAAAGAGAGAGAGAGAGAGAUGGGUGGAGCAGGGUGAGGGACUCAUUCAUCGCAGUCUACACAGCAUGUAUCUGUUAGUUUUACAAGAAAAAGCCAAGAGAACGAGGGGAGGAGGAGAGAGGGAUUGGUGGAUGAGCGAAAUAGAGGGUUGGAGGGAAAACAGAUAGUGUGAAGUGAACACAAAUCAAAGUUUGUCUUGAUUCAGCACUGCAGGCUUCAUAAAACGGCAUCCUGACUUUGGACAAAUAUUACUUUGCAAACACACACACACACACACACACACACACACACACACACACACACACACACACACACACAGGGAGGGAGAGAGCGGGAGGGAGAGAGAGAGAGAACAACAUAGGCACUAACAUAGAUUUCCUGUGUCCUUCUAACCUUGUCACCUUUGCUUGAGGACAGGGUUAGAGCUUCAUUAGCUGCAGUUAUCUUACACUUAAAUGUACAUAGUCAGAGACAAGCAGACAGAAUAGUUCAACUGUAUCAUGGUCAUGGUAAACAAACUUUGAAUGAUCUAAAAGCUGAAUUUCAUCUUCCAGGUUUAUUUUUUUUCUUCUGUAUCCACUUAAGAUCAACCAUGCCAGCAUAGCUGUCCCAUGGAGAACAGCUCUCCUCACACACUCUCUACCUAAAUUACUUGCCUCAGUAGGACCACACGGGGAAUGUUUUCUAAACUUUACAAAUCAUUUCUGGAUCCUAUAAAUUGAUAUUGAUUGUGUAGCAAUCAAGACAACCCUGUAUGUGAAACUCACACAUUCCUCACAGGAAAGUUUUCUUAUCUGGUCCCAGGACACAGGAUAUAAAUCUUUCCAGACUUGUUUGCACUUUCAGGUUACCUAAAUGACCCAACCAGAGGUUGACCAAACCUCUGACUCUUCACGAUUGGUCAAUUCGGAGAACAGAGACAGAGUUUUUAUUACCUUUCAAACUGAUGCCAUCGCUGACCAUCUAAAUAAACAUUAACACCUCAACCCAGAUCUCCCAUUUGAGAUUUACCGUCUUAAAGUGUGUGAACAUACGGACCCCAGGAUAAGGUCUGAGGAGCAGGACACUGACCUCCAGACCUUGGUCGUAAAACCCUGCUCAACCAUGUACUGAUAAAAACUGCAUUCCUUUGGUGAAAGAAUACAAAUGACUGAUCAUGACAUCUUAUGCAUUCAGCACUAAUCUGUCUAAUCAUGAAAUUUGUGUUAAAAUGAGAUGUUUCCCGUUUUUCUAUGUGCUCCAGAAGCCAAGUUAUCACUCCGACAGAAUAAAUCCUUUAUUCUUUAGUUUCUUUAGACCAACAGCUUUUCAGACUGUUUCAUGAACUUUUAAGAGUUAAAUUUAUUGACUUAAGGGUUGGGUAUCGAAUAUCGGGUAUCGAUUGGAACCGAUUCUAGUUUUCCAAUUCUCCCUGAAUCGUUCAAAACUUUCAUUUUCGAUUCCUUGUUUCGAUACCCAGUUCGCCAACCGGAAAAAAAGAAGACGUCCUCCGGCCGGAAGUAGAAGCCACUGAAAGCCAACGAAGAAGCGUCCAUCGGAAGUGUUAGCAUAGCCGAGUGAGUCAGUCAAGCAUGGAUAGCGUUUGUUGGCGGUCCAAAGCCUGGCUUUACUUUUCUAAACUCACCGAAAACUCGGCAAAAUGCAACACUUGUGACAAAACUGUUUUGUGCAUAGGAGGGUGCACUACGAACAUGAUGAAGCAUCUCCGACGAGGUCAUGGAGUGGAAAUAAAUGUUUGCCCCGUCUUCACUCCUUACUCAAGCGUAUGUUACAAAGAAGGAAGAGUGCCACAGAAAGGUCACUGCACACAUCGUCAAAAGGCUGUAUCCCUUUUCAGAGGUGGAAUCACCAACAUUAAGGUCAGUUAAGCAAUAACGAUAGAGCUAAGCUAAUUGAUACCGAGCUAAACAGUAACAUCAACAUUACAUGUUUCUUCACUAUGCAGGGAUAUGGUGAAAACUCUAAACCCCAAAUACACACCACCUUCCAGGGACUACCUGUCAAACACAUUAAUCCCAUCGUGUUACAAGGCUGAGAAGUCUAACAUUAUUGCAGAGCUCAGUGAAGUCAGCUCUGUUGCACUCAAAUGUGAUGGCUGGAGUAGCAUCACACAGGACCACUACCUCACCAUUACAGCACACUACAUAGUUGAGUCAAAAUGCAGCAAAUAGUGCUAAAAACAAAGGCAGUAUGCAAGGCACAGACUGGCUGUGUUAUUUCAGAGGAAACCAGUGAUUUUCUCUCAGAGUUUGGCAUAUCUGAUAAAAUAUUAGCAGUCACUGUAGAUAAUGCUGUCAACAUGGAUGUGGCUAUCAAGCGCCUGCAAUUUGUGAAAUUGUGCUGUUUUGCUCACACACUUAAUCUAGCUGCACAAAGUGUAUACUCCCUAAAUUCAGUGAGUGAGUGGGUGGCCAAGGUCCGAGCCAUUGUUGUGUAGAUGAAGAGGUGCUUGAUGUCCAAGGUGGUUCUCCAAGAGAAGCAAGAACUUCUACGUAAGACACACAAAGUUUACUUUAUUUAACUGUUGUGCACUGAGACAUAAUGACUUUAUAUGUCUGAUCUCUUAUUAUUAUUUAUGAGCUCUGCAGAGUAGUACUAUGGUAUUUGAGUCCAAUUUUACAAAAGUAAUGUUUGUCUCCUAGGAUGAAAAGCAUCUGCUAAAUAACUUAAAAUGGAUGUUCUUGUUAUUAUCAGAGCUGCCCCGACACUCACCCAUACUUGAUGUCAGAACACGGUGGAACUCUCUGUACCUAAUGCUGGAGAGAUUCACAGAGCAGUACCCUGCAAUUCAAGCAGCCAGCUUGGAUCAACGGCUGAGACAAAAUUUGGAAAGGGACAGGUAGAGAUAGAUAGACAAGCUAAGACAAAAAUACCUGUACACAAGAACAGUAUUAGAGUGAAUGUGCUCAUGUAGGACUAGGGAGUGCAUAUGUUAGGUGUUUUGUUAAGGAAAAAAGAGAAUAUUUCUAACUCCAUUCUAUAAUAAUAAUAAAUAAUACAUUUUAUUUGUUAAGCGCUUUUCAAAGACUCAAAGACGCUGUACAUAGCUAAAAUCUAUGUGUUCUUAAUUCUAUUUCAUACAGACUUGCUCGACUAAAUGAGGAGGACUUUAGGAGAGCUGAAGACUUCAUCAACUUUAUGAAGGUGCUCUACACAUCAACACUCUGCGUGUCUUCUGAAAAGAGUCCCACAUGCGGACAGAUUCUGCCUAUCUUCAAAAAGCUUGAGGAACACCUGGCUGUAAAAAGAUGAAGACACGGUCUUUGUGUCAAACCUUAAAAAAUAGGUUUGGGCAAACCUAUCCAAGCGCUACCAGGUAAGUGAUUGAGGUAGGGCACCUGGAAAGAAAUUGUUGAAGAAUAGAAAUAUCCUGUGGCUUGCUAAAACAUUUAAAGAAUGUGUUUUGCAGAAUGAUGAUAUCAGGAAUUUUCUCAAAGUGGCCACUGUGUUGGAUCCACGCUUUAAACAUCAACUGGAUGCUGCUGACACCAUCUGGGACCAGAUCCAGAGAAAGCUGAUUGAACAGGUGAAAUGUCAUUCAUGCACAACUGUUAAAAUCCAAGAUCUAAAUGCUAAUUAUGUUCUUUGUAGUCAACAGAGGAGGUCUGUGGAGCUGAUGGGGACACCGUGCAAUCUGAGAAUGAGGAUGAGCAGGAAAGUGUAAGUGUUCAAUAGCUGAUAUUAUAUAGGUUUCCAAUCCAAACAAUGAUCAUGCCUUUUUUUAGUGAUGAUGCUAAUGAACCUUUUAUUUUGUUUUUUAGCAACAGCCUCCCUGCAACCUGCCCAGGAAGACUCCACUGGAGGAGCUGUUCGCUGAGGAAGAGGCACAGAGCAUAGUGUCACAGCAGAGCUCCACCUCCAUCAAGAAACGAGUGGAGAGAGAGCUGCAGAUGUACAAGGAAGUUCCACCGGUCCUUAUGUCUGUGGACCCUGCUGCAUGGUGGUGGAACCAACAAAAGACAUAUCCUUUCCUGUCAGAUCUCGUUUUCUCCUAUUUAUGCGUUCAAGCUUCUUCUACACCCAGCGAACGUGUAUUCUCUACAGCAGGAGACACUAUCUGUCCAGAACGCUCACGCAUUCUGGCUGAGAAGUCAGAUAUGGUCAUUUUCCUAAACAAGAACUGUUUCUGAUUUUAUACUGUACCUGCUGCUAAUCUGGACUGAGUUUUACAAGUUGUUUCUUAUUGUUUAUUUGCUUUUCUGCACCAGGUUAGCCUAUCAGUUUGAGCAGGGUAACAUGUUUAAAAUCGUAUUCUUAAACGUUCUGACUCUUCCUCAUCAGAUGGCGUGGAGCAGCCAGUGGAGGACAUCCUCCCUGAUGUCAUCAUGGUUGUGGACGAGGUCCCAGGUGACAUUGUUCCAAUCUACAUCUCUUCCUCUGAAGAUGAUGAUGAUGUUAUUGUCUUGGCAGACAUGUUAUGUGUUCUGAUGUUAUGUCUUCAAUUGGCAGGGGACUGAAUGCCUAAUCGUUGUUGGGGUAGAGCUCUCAGGACUGCCCUGCUCCCCAAACUACCAUCAUCAGCCACCAGCUCAGAGGACGAGGAGGGUCCAAACCAGAUCAGCACAGAGGACACACACCAUGACUGUUGAUGAUCUUUUUCUCCACAAAAAGUGAGGAUGAAAAGGACCAAGACCAGACAUGAGGAGAAGAACAUUCUGGACCACAAAAAGAGGAGAGAUGACGGAGGACCAGCUGUAGAUCAGAGGAAGCGUCUUUGUUGGUCAUCUUGGUAAGUCAUCCCCUCUCUGAGAUAACAGCUGUAAUCUACUGUAAAAUUCAUUUUGAAUAUGUGGAUUACCAAAGGAGCAGUCUUUUAUAUUAUUAUUCCAGUUUUCAAAACGAUUUGAACUAUUUAUUUUCCAUCAACACAAAGUUCUCAAAGAUGUUUUCAAACUUUUUCUGGUGUUUUUCUAUCCUGUAGGGUUGGAUUCCUCUGUGUAUUUUUCCUGUUGCUGGAGGUCAGAGUGCAAGUGAACCAACAGAUCAUCCCAGGACCAAGACCCACUGACACCCACUGGGCCUGAAUCACUUAGAAUGGAUUGAGGCUACUAAUAAGACAAAGAAUUGAGCAUCAGGGUCUGACUCAAAAAGCAAACAGUACUAAUGAUGUUUAAGAGCAAAAACAUCCCAGCCCUAAGGAUGAGGAACACCCCAACCUGACCAGCACGGAGGACGCUGUGCGCUUCUUCUACUUCUUCUUGAAGAGGAAUUUCUCAUGCACAAACACACACAACAUGGUUGUCAGAGAAUUUUAAAGGAGGAAUAUUUUCAAUAAAAAUUGUUAAAUAAAUAUUCAAAAAAUGUGUUUCUUUCCACAAGGUGUACAUAACUGUUUAUGACCAUGGUAAAAAAAAGUCUCAAUAUUAAUAAAAAUUAUAUAUUUCUCAAGUCUGACCAUUGUGACCAACAACAUAUUAAGUGAAAAACUAGUUUAAAUUGAAAAGUCAUUGAGUUUAAUUUUCUUAACACAAAAAUAUUCAGUCACGAGUCUCAUAUUGAAGUGUUUGAGAUGUUAAAUAAUGAGUUACAAAUGUGAAAAUCCAUGUUGUUGUAUUUGGAAAUAGUUACCAUUUUUCUGUAGCAGUUAUUUGGAGUUAGACAGAGUUAUUUGGAGUUUUAUUUGAGGCCUAUCCUAACAGGGUCAGGUAUUAUAAUGUGUUAUAACUGUUAACAACUCACUGAUAAUGCCCACAUAGAUAAUGCAAUGCAACUGUUGUUAAAAGUUAUAGCACAUUAUAAUAAUUGACCUUAUAAGUCAUGAUAAAAUGCUUUAUAAUGUGUUAUGAUUAUUGCUAUGAAGCAUUAUGAUCAUUUAUGAGUGUUUAUAAUUGUAGUUAUACAGUGCUAUAACCUGAUCAUAAUGCAUUAUACUUAUAUAUAAAAUGUAUUAUAGAGAUAGGUGUCAAGUUAAGUGUUACCAAACUCAUUCUAUAUAUCAAUAAAAAGGUUAUGAUUUCUAUGACUCUCAAUAUGGAAAAUGUCUUAUCAAUACUCACAACAUGACUCUGGGUGCUUUUAGUAAAGUGACAGCACUGUAACACAAUUUCUUAUAAACUGUACUUGUGGCUGUAUAAGUAGCUACAGUGUUAGACAAAAAUAUGUCAUGCUCAUGCUCAAGAAAUGCUUUUAACUCAUACUCACUGCUAAUAACACUUAAAAAAAUAUUGCAAUAAGCUGUUCUGAUGGUUAUUGUCACUCAUGUGGGUUGUUCUUUAUAAAUAUGCUUAUCUGAUAUAAAAGAGCCUUUUGUGUCUGUGCAGCUUAAACAUAAAAAUGGAACAAAUAGAAAACAGUUGAUCCCAAUAAAUUUAUUUAAAAAAAAAAGAAAAGGAAAACAAAAUAAGCAAAAUACUUGGAAUGAAAUCAUAUUUAAUAAAUAAAUUGUAUCGAUUUUAAUUUUGACUCUCACGCAUACGCAUCGUCAGUGCGUCAGUCGUUGCCAUCGAUACGGAACUGGGGUUAUUUAAACUCAGAUCAAUGUUCCAGAUUCCCCUUUUGUUCCUGACCUUGACAAGAGUAGCUGCAAACUUUGGCUGUGGGAAGCUAACCUUUGGAAAGCUUGAGAAAGCGACUGAAAACCAACUGUUUUUUUAAAAACAAACCCUCUGAAGAGAUUGCCGACUGCGGAUACCCAGGAACACUGAAGAUGGCCUCCAGGAGACCGGACCAGGACCACCUGCUGCUCGGGGACGAACCGAUGAACGACUACCGUGCUGGCAAGAUAACUUUGAACCUCGUUUGAUAUUGAUAUUGAUAUAACAUGCGUGGAAACAAGAUUAAAACCUAAAAGCUUCGUGGCUUGCUAGUUUGAUGGAAAAUAUAUUUAUUUACAUUUGUGUGUGGUUGAUUUCUUUAUUAAAGCGUUUUGCUUUAAUUCUGAGCAUUUAUUAUUUUUGUAUAUAUAUAUAUAUAUAUAUAUAUAUAUAUUUAUUUAUUUAUUUAUUCAUAUAUGAUUCACUGAUGUUUGUUUCUUCUGAGAAUAUUUCAGGUCAGUGAACAGUAAAAAUAGAUAAAGUUACUUCAGCUUUCUUUUCACUCAAUCUCUCACUGAAUUGAUUUUGUUUUCUCCUUACACUUCCGGUGGGUGGACGCUGGCAUGUAUGUUGCCGCUGCUCACCGGCAGAAAAAGUCGUGUAUAUCUUGUUUUUUAUCGCUUUUAUGGCCCGUGAUUCUACGUGAGAAGCCGACUGUCCAUUUCCCUGCCUGCGACAGCCAAAACAGUUUCUCUCCCACAAAUAACUCCGGCACUUUUGUCCACAAGUGCACGGGCUAAGCCCCGGCUGCUAAUGCUAACCGGCUGUCAAAACGCCGGCUUUCAAAAGCUCGCCGGUUCCUUCCCCAUCAUGUGGCCCAACAAUGUUCUCAUCUGGUCUGGGCUCAUCUGGAUACUGCUGUCGCUCUACCAUCAUCCUGUGGCUGGACUACUCCAAUACCCUGUCGCCGACCUUUUUCGGAUCCGCCGGACUGCACCGAGGUCUCCGCCGCCGGAGCUGCAUCAUCACCCGGACAUCACCCGAGUACCUCGCCGGCGCUACAUCCACCAUGGGUCCCGCAGACACGUCCAGCAUUGUGGCUCCAGCGCUAUCAAUGCUACACGAUCUACCUCUCGUCGCCCCUCCAGAAACUCCGGCCGCGCCGUCAACCACAGCUCACUAGCCCGCCUAGCUAGGUCGGCUCACACUACUGCUAUCAAACAUGACACCUCCGCUGUCAACUUCGGUCUGCUGAACAUCUGCUCACUCACAAGCAAAGGUCAUCUCGUCCAAGAUCUCCUCAUCGACCGUAAGCUCGACUUUCUCUUUUUAACUGAAACCUGGCAACAACCCACUGACUUCUCUGCUCUCAAUGAUUCCACUCCUCCCGGCUUUGUUUACAUCAGCCGUCCCCGUGGCAACGGCCGCGGUGGAGGUCUCACGGUAAUUCACCUCCAAAAUCCAAAGUUUCUCCCUCACCAUUGACAGCUCCCCAGUUUCCCCCUCCCCCCAGGUAAAGAGUCUGGGUGUCAUCCUCGACAGUACACUCUCCUUUCAUUCCCACAUCAACAUCAUUACUCGCACCGCUUACUUCCACCUCCGCAACAUCAACAGACUCCGUCCCUCCCUCACUCCCCACUCCACCGCCGUCCUUGUUCACAGCCUUGUCACCUCCCGCCUGGACUAUUGCAACUCCCUCCUCUUCGGCCUCCCCCAGAAAUCUCUCCAUAAACUCCAACUGGUCCAAAACUCAGCUGCCCGCAUCAUUACAAAGACCCCCACACAUCACCACAUCACCCCCGUCCUCCAGCACCUCCACUGGCUCCCCAUCAAAGACCGGAUCAUCUACAAACUCCUCCUGUUCGCAUACAUGGCCAUCCAUAACCUUGCCCCCCCCCACCUGUCCGACCUCCUGCACGUCAUCACCCCCACUCGCUCCCUCCAGUCCUCCUCCUCCACCCACCUCUCUGUCCCCCCUGCCCGCCUCAGUACAAUGGGGGGCAGAGCCUUCAGUCGCUCUGCCCCCCAGCUCUGGAACUCACUACCACCCGAUCUCAGAAACACUGACUUUCAAAACACUACUCAAAACCCACCUGUUUCGCUCCGCAUACUCCCUGUAGCUGUUUUAUCCAUUCCCUGUGUCGAUUUUUAUCUGUUUAAAUUGCUUAUUGUUUUAUCUAUUGUUUUAUUACGAAUGUCUUGCUUUUAAUAUUGUACAGUGACCCUGGGUGUUUUGAAGGGCGCUUUCAAAUAAAAUUUAUUAUUAUUAUUAUUAUUAUACGUUUUGUUUCCACCAUUUGAUCAUAGUUUUGAUAAAGUUAAGCUUUUAAUUUGUAGCUCAGACUCUUCAGCUUCAUAUGUUAAUCCAUCUAAAAUUCAUAAAUCAAAGUUUUGAACAUUGUGAAAAUAUAACAUUGACACAUUACAUCAGAGCUAAUUAACACAGGAGGGUUCAUAUUUCUUUAUAAUACAGCGACUCCAUGAUGUUUGAUAUAAGAGUUAAAAGUCGUUUCCUGUGUUCAUGAAUCAGUUGAUGUAGAACAGUUGUAAGAAAUUUAUGUGAAUUUAGGAUUACAAGAUUUAAUUGAGUGUUUUUACUUCUGUAAGACAAAUAUUGUAAGUUACUGGAGAAGACACACCUUAAAAUCUUAUUCUUAAACGCUCUGACUCUUCCUCAUCAGAUGGCGUGGAGCGGCCAGUGGAGGACAUCCUCCCUGAUGUCAUCAUAGUUGUGGACGACAUCCCAGGUGACAUUGUUCCAAUCUACAUCUCUUCCUCUGAAGAUGAUGAUGAUGAUGAUGAUGAUGAUGUUGUUGUCUUGGCAGGUGGAGAUGAAGGCAUGGAGGCUGAGGUGGCCAUCGAGCAACAGGUGGACAUCGCAGGUGAUGGGGGUGACGAUAUUGACGAUGACAAUGACGAUGACAGUUACACUGACGACAGCGACGACUGGUUUUCCUCUGACGGUGAGGAUUCUGGUUACGGCUCCAUGUCUGAGGAGGAGGAGGACGACGCAGUCGUCAGACCUGACUCCCCACUUGAACAGGAGUUCCCACCAGAUGACUUCUGGCAGAGGUGGGACCAGUUGUCUCCUCCAGUCCCUGCUGGUUCACCUGUUGCUCCGCCUUUCAGUCCUCUACCACUGCCUCCGAGUCCUCUUGCUGGUCCUCCGGGCACAUCUUCUGAAGCUCAGGGUUCAGAAGAGUGUGCCCCCUCAACAUCAGGGCUGGUCUCCUCCUUGAAGAGGAGCAUGGAGGAGGGCAGCCCUGAGCAGGUAAGUGCAAAGAGGCAGAGGACGAGUGACGAAGACAGCCCUGAUGAAACAACGCCCUCAACAUCAGGGCUCAGCUCCAGCACAAACAGUAGUCUCCGCUACAGGACUUUCCUGCUCUCAAGGUGGAAUGAGGACAGUGACUCGGACUGA